UGCGUUUGAAAAGGAACUUAGAGUGAUGUUUUGAAAAUUUUCCAAAACACUGUCGAUCGGAAGAUGAUCGUCGCUGCUUGGUUUUCGAGAGAAGAGAAUAUAAAUAUGUGAACUUAAACCUUUCUACUAUCAGGAGGCUUAAUGAUGGAGGAAAUAGACCCUUGUCAUCUGGGAGUGAUGGGAAAAAAGGCCAUGGAGCUCCACAAAUAUCCUGACGCGAUACGACUGUUUUCAAUGGGCUUGGUUCAGGCUGAGUCUCUUAAUCUGCCUCCACAGUUUGCUUCUCAGUUCCUUAUGGAUCGAGCAGAGUGCCAUUGGCAGUUAGGGGAGGUCAACUUGGCACUGCAACAGAUGGACAAAGCAUUGCGGCAUGGAUUACCAAGAAAUGCCAAUUUCGCAGAGGAAGAAUCAGCAAGGUGGUCAGCCCAUGGCUUUGCUCACUUGGAGACGUAUGAAUAUACCAUAGCCGAAAGUUGCGCCAGGUUUGCCCUUCAUUUCCAAACUUUGCCCAGAACUAGAGCUCAUGCGUAUCUGUGUCAGGCGAUUGCACGAUAUGAAAUGGGUAAAAUCACUGGGGAAACAACGGAAACAAAGGAAAUCAAGAGACUGGAUCCAAAUCUUGCAAAGCUUCAUGCUCUGGAAAUGAAGGAAAAUGCCAUUAGAAACAUGAAGAGUCAUAAUUACCCGAGGGCAAUUAGGGAUUUCAACUUUGCUUUGCUGCUUCAUCCUGACGAUGGUUCCAAGAGGGAAUUCAAACGUUCGGUGAAAAGUCAUCAAGCAGAUGCAUAUUUUAAACUGAAACAAUAUCAAAAAGCAAUUGAAGUUGGAGAGGAAAGUUACAAGUCAUACCCUGACUUUAGGUCUUCGAAGGAAGCUGAAAGGUGGAAGAAACGUGGAAACGACCUCUGGAAGGAUUCAAAUCUAGUGGAUCAAGCAAUCACCUGUUAUUCUCUUGCGUUAAAGUUUACACCAGCAAUAGAAAAUGUCCUCAAGGCAACUCUUUUUUCCAAUCGUUCACUCAUGUACAACCAGCAAGGGAAAGCUGCCUUGGCAUUGAGGGAUGCACUAAGUUGCAUGGAGAACAACCCUAGAUGGCCUAAGGCACACUUUCGUCUGGGGUCUUGUUUAUUUGCGCAGAAAAAGUACGAGGAUGCGAUGGAAAAAUUUUCAGGAUCACUGAGGUUGUUGCUUCAUGAGGAAUCACCGUCAGAGCACCAAGCAGUAGAUACUCUAUAUCAACUGCUGUCUGUAGCAUUAAAACUACCAGAUGGCACGUCAAGCAUCCAGUAUGACAUUCCAAAGGCUUAAAUUCAAACAGUAAUUAACAAAGCUGUAAAUGACAAAGAUUGGGUUA